GCUGGCUGUCUCUACCGGAAGUUCACGUUCCGUAAUGGCUGAGGUGAGAUGGAAAGUGGGAACCGGUGUGUACAAACUUUGUCCUUUUAAAAACAACAAACCGUGUCUUCUCGUUAACUAAUAGUCGUUCUGUUGGUGUAUUUGGGGCAUGUUUUAGUUUGGGGAUAUUUGAAAAUAACAAUGAUAAUGAGAAAGCAGCUCCUCAGGACUUCCUGCUCUCUCCUGCGCGUGACUGAGACACGGUGUCCUGCUGUUGUGAGUCUGAUCAUCACCCGGUCUCACAGUAACAACACAAACUCUUCACUUCACACCACUAAAACGGCCUAUUACGACAUUCUGAGGGUCUCCCCAAACGCCACGCAGGCGCAGAUCAAGACAGCGUACUACCGUCAGAGCUUCCGCUUCCAUCCGGACCGGAACGCAGGCAGCGAUGAGGCCGUGCGCCGCUUCACCGAGAUCAGUGAAGCCUACAUAGUACUGGGGAACGUUAGCCUCAGGAGAAAGUAUGAUCACAGUGUCCUGAGCUUGGCGGAUGUCCAAAACGCCGGGAGACCCUCUCGGAAAGACACGGCACGUCCUCUGAGCCCGGAUCAGCAGCUGCGGCACUCCCGGUCCGUCCCGAGCUCAGGAGGGAAGUCCAUGUUCGACUUCGACGCUUUUUAUCGAGCGCAUUACGGCGAGCAGCUGGAGAGAGAGCAGAGCCUGCGCCGGUGGAGAGCGCUGAGAGAACAGGCACAACAAGAGGACUUCCGGAAAUGGAAACUGGAGAAAGGGACUGAGAUGGCAGUCGGUGCGCUGCUGGGUUUCGGAGUUGUCCUUCUGUUCAGUCUCAAAUCAUAAAAUAUAACCUGGUGCGUAUAUGCAGAAAAAAAGGAGCGUCACUGAAUUAUUCGACUCCCCGCUUCUACCUGUGGGCUUAGCACCUUUUGUAAAGGUGUAUUCGGUAAGAUGAUGACUCAGUUGGCUGUUAAAGACCCGCCCACGUUCAUGAAGCUCCGCCCCCAUGAUCUUCAGUGGUCCCACAAGCAUCAGUACAGUGAUUGACAAGAGGCUCAUCAAAACAAAAGAGAGCAUUCUGGAACAGAAUUCAGUUUUCUAAAUGGGUUUUCUCAGCAACUUAAUACACUUUUGCUAAUGUCACGGCUUAAUUUUAUUUUUUACUUAACCGUGUCUUUCAGAGGGUGGCCUGGUAGUGUAGUGGUUAACACUGUCGCCUCACAGCAAGAAGGUUCUGGGUUCAAACCUCAUGGCUGAUGGGGGCCUUUCUGUGUGGUGUUUGCAUGUUCUCCCCCGUGUCUGUGGGAGUUUUUAUACCACUUAUCCAUUGCAGGUCAUGGUUUCCUCCAGGUGCUCCAGUUUCCCCCACAGUUCAAAGAAAUGCAGAUGAGGUAAAAUACCCAGCUGCUGGGGUUGUACAAGACAGUGCAUACUUGGUGCCAGUCCCAAGCCUGGAUAGACUGGGGAGGGUUGUGUCAGGAAGGGCAUCCGGUGCCAAAUCAAAUAUACGGAACAGAUCCACUGUGACAAUCCCGCAUGUACAAAAGUAGCUGAAAGAUGAUGAUGAUGAUGAUUUAAUCACGUCUCUCAGGGGGUGGCCCGGUGGUGCAGCGGUUGAUACUGUCUCCUCACAGCAAGCAGGUUCUGGAUUCGAACUUGCUAAUCAACUGGGGUCUUUCUGUGUGGAGGUUGCAUGUUCUCCCCACGCGUUUUAUGGAUUUCCUUCGACAGUCUGAAGGCAUGCGGAUUAAGUUAACCAGGAGUGAAAAUGGCUGGCUGUCUCUCUGUGUUUGUCCCAUGAUAGACUAGCAACCUGUCAAGGAUGUACAGUACCUCAUCUCUCAGCUGUCACCUAGUGUCAGCUGGGAUUGGCUCCAGCUUGACUGCGACCCACUAUGGAUAAGUGGUAUGAAUGAAUUAAUGUUUUCCAGGUUAUUUAUACAAGCAAGGAUUGAGAGAAAAAACAACUAUUACACCUUUAAAUGGCUGAGAAACCCGAUUUGGAAAACUGACUUCUGGUGUGGAACACUUGUUUGUAUUGAGAUCAGUCAUUUUAUGUUAUUAUGCAAAUGAUGUAGACAGUUGACAGGCCAGUGUUAAUCCAGAGGGCGGAGCUGAGAGGGCAUGAGUAAUAAAAUAGCAGCAUGAGUUAAAAAAAAAUUCACAUUUCAUACUCACCUACUUAACUGUUCGAGAUUCCAUCUUGGAAAAGAAAAUAUGAGCUAAUGCACUUUUUUAAGGACCAUUAUUAUACCUUUAGAUUAGAUUUUAGAGUCAGGAAGCACAGGAAACCAACUCUGGUCCUGAAGUCGCUCCCAUUUCCUGUACAUUUUACAGUUUUCUGUGCUCUUCAGUACAAGAAUUCAGUUGAUAUGUAGCUGAUUAGCUGAAUCUUGUGUGUUGAGAGAAGGGAAAACAUUAACGUUCAGUAGGGACAACACCACGAUGAACAGGAUUGAGAACCUUUAUUUUACACUACGUUCAAUUCUCCAGGUACAAGAUGUAUAUUAAAAUUUGCAUAAACAGCAACCAGUCAAUUAAGUGUAUUUCUGGAAUUAAUAAAUUAAUAAACAUUUAUGUCAUGUCAUACAAAGAAAGUUGAAACUGGGAAGGUCUCACAGGACUUGUUUUGCCUUUAAACCAUACUGUAUUGUCCUUCAGUUGAUGAAGAAACUAAAGGAUCCAAUCGUACUCAUGUUUCAGCAGUUUUAUGGUUCGGUCCUUGAAUGCAGCCAAAAAUGUUUCUUCUGUUUUAAGCUUUGCAGUUUACCUGGAUCAGGUGUAGCAUCUAAUUAUUUUGUCCCUGGAGUUUUUUUAAACUACUGUUUUAACAGACUGAUUUUAAUAUCCUGUUUAAAGCUGUUCCCAACUGCAUAAUUUGCACAUUAAUAAAUUUCUUAGACUAAUCAGUCAACUCUAAUAGUUAUAUGAUAAACCAAAUCUAACCUUAUGAUCUUUACAGGAAGAAUACCUCAGGGUGAUGAAUAAAAGCUAUGGUGAAGUAAA